GUGUUGGUGGCCUCUUUUCAUGAGCUUCUGAAUCCAUCGUGUUGCUUAAGGUCUUUCGUUUUCAUGAAGGACUGACUUUUUUUUUAACCUGUAAGACAAUCUGAGCCUGGCGUUUGGCAGGAUGAUAGCUUUUUGAUAAUGUUCUCAAUUUCCUCCAUUGUUAUUGUUCUGUUAGUUUCUCUCUUCUGGAGUCAAUUUUGAUAACUGGGUUUCCGUCCUCCAGGUGCCCAUCUCCCCAACCUGUGAAAAGCGGGGAGGGGGUUGGACAAGAUCACUAAGUCCUGCUCCGUCUCUGACACUCCACAGUCAGGGGUCCCGAGGUCAGGAGGCCGAAAUCAGUCUCCCCGGAGGCAGGGCCCCUUGCGCAGUGCCAGCCCCGCUCUCCCCCGGGCGCAGGCAGAGCCCAGCUCCUCCCCGCCCCUGCGGUUUCUGCGCACCAGGGAGGAGCCUCCCCAGCCCGGGGCGUGACCGAAUGAUGGCACAGCCUCCUUCGCGGGAAAGGUCGACCAGCAGCCAGAUAAACACCCGCGACAGGCGGGAGAGCCGAGGAGGCUCAGAACUGAUUCUGCGCGCGCCGCCUGGGUGGGGUCCACAGCGACUGGGCCAGGGCAGCCGGCGCGCGCAGAGGACUGGGGUGGACCCCUAGAGCGGUCGGCUGCCCAGACCGGCCAUGUUGUGUUUUUUCUAAACCUUUUGUUGUGAACAAACAAGUUCGUUGUAGGGUGAGAUGAUAAUCCCAGGAGAACUCCACAACAAACAUUCUUCAGGCUAAUGUAUGUCUCAGAAUCUGUUUUCUAGCACCUGGGAACCCAACUGGCCAUGCUUUGUGCCUCACUCUUCUCUUACACCUGGGGAGUCAAGUCUGGAUCCUCUGCUCCAUAUUUAUUUAGCAAAUAAAACACUGAUCUCAAACAGCAACGGAACCUGUGUACUUGAGUUCUAGAGGCUGAGAAAUUCAAGAUCAAGAUGCCAGCAGACUCCAUAUGUGGUGAAAGCCUGUUUCUCAUAGAUGGUAUCUUCUAGUGUCCUCAUAUUGCUGAAUGGGUGUUUUUUGAAAACUAAUCAGAAGAGGAAUGCUUAUCUCCCAAGAAAAUUGAAACCAUCUGUAAAAGAAUCUUGGCUGUGCUGUGUUUUGAUUAGAUUGAAGCUUGGUGUAAAGAGAAAACACAAAAGACCACAGAAUAUUUACAACAUUUGAAUUCCUGUUUCUCCAUCAAAGCACAUUGUCAUCAAAGCUACUUUGGGGAUAGAAAAAAGGUCAAUUCCAAUUCCCAGGAAUCCCUAACCACAACUUUACUUGGAAAUUUCCAGUAAUACUUAAAACACCAUUUUGCAGCAAUUCUUUAUGAUAAACUGUAAAAUACAGUUACCCGAAAAUGACUGACAAAUCAGUCAUCAUUCUGAGCCUGAUGCUUUUUCACAGCUCUUUCAUAAAUGGAAAAACAUGUAGACAGCAAUUGGUGGAAGAAUGGCAUCCACAACCCUCAUCAUAUGUGGUAAAUUGGACACUAACAGAAAACAUCUGCUUGGACUUCUACAGAGAUUGCUGGUUUUUGGGUGUAAACACUAAAAUAGAUACUUCAGGCAAUCAAGCUGUUCCCCAGAUUUGCCCUUUGCAAAUUCAAUUAGGAGAUAUCCUUGUAAUUUCUUCUGAACCAUCUCUUCAAUUUCCAGAAAUAAAUUUGAUGAAUGUUUCUGAAACAUCUUUUGUUGGCUGUGUGCAAAAUACCACAAUGGAAGAUCAGUUACUUUUUGGUUGCAGACUGAAAGGAAUGCACACUGUUAAUUCUAAGUGGCUGAGUGUUGGGACACAUUAUUUUAUCACAGUUAUGGCAAGUGGUCCAUCACCUUGUCCACUGGGACUUCGACUAAAUGUGACAGUGAAACAGCAGUUCUGCCAGGAAUCUCUGAGUUCAGAAUUUUGCUCUGGUCAUGGUAAAUGUCUUAGUGAAGCUUGGAGCAAGACAUAUAGCUGCCAUUGCCAGCCUCCAUUUUCUGGAAAAUACUGCCAGGAACUUGAUGCAUGUUCUUUUAAACCAUGUAAAAAUAAUGGCAGUUGCAUUAAUAAAAGAGAAAAUUGGGAUGAGCAAGCAUAUGAAUGUGUCUGUCACCCACCAUUUACAGGAAAGAAUUGCUCAGAAAUAAUUGGCCAAUGUCAACCACAUGUCUGUUUCCAUGGAAACUGCAGCGAUAUUACUUCGAAUAGUUUCGUUUGUGAAUGUGAUGAGCAAUUUUCAGGUCCGUUCUGUGAGGUGUCAGCAAAACCUUGUGUUUCUCUGCUUUUUUGGAAAAGAGGAAUCUGCCCAAAUAGCAAUUCUGCUUAUACUUAUGAAUGCCCAAAAGGAUCUUCCAGCCAAAAUGGUGAAACUGAUGUCAGUGAGUUUUCAUUAGUACCAUGUCAGAAUGGUACUGACUGCAUCAAAAUAUCAAAUGAUGUUAUGUGCAUCUGUUCACCAAUAUUUACAGAUUUGCCUUGUAAGAGCAUUCAAACAUCAUGUGAGUCAUUUCCUUUGAGGAAUAACGCUACAUGUAAGAAAUGUGAGAAAGAUUAUCCUUGCAGCUGUAUAUCAGGAUUUACUGAAAAAAACUGUGAGAAAGCAAUUGACCACUGUAGACUGCUGAGCAUCAACUGUCUGAAUGAAGAAUGGUGUUUCAAUAUAAUUGGAAGAUUCAAAUAUGUAUGCAUUCCAGGGUGCACAAAAAAUCCAUGUUGGUUUCUGAAGAAUGUUUACCUAAUUCAUCAACACCUCUGCUACUGUGGAGUCACCUUCCAUGGUAUUUGCCAAGAUAAAGGUCCUGCUCAAUUUGAAUACAUGUGGCAAUUGGGAUUUGCAGGAUCUGAAGGUGAAAAGUGCAAAGGGGUUAUUGAUGCCUAUUUCUUUCUGGCUGCAAACUGCACUGAAGAUGCAAUCUAUGUGAACGAUCCUGAAGAUAAUAAUUCUUCAUGUUGGUUCCCAUGUGAAGGCACAAAAGAGAUUUGCGCAAAUGGAUGCAGUUGUUUGAGUGAAGAAGACAGUCAGGAAUAUCGGUAUCUAUGUUUUCUCAGAUGGGCUGGCAACAUGUAUCUGGAAAAUACAACUGAUGAUCAAGAAAAUGAGUGUCAACAUGAAGCUAUUUGUAAAGAUGAAAUUAAUAGACCCAGGUAUUUAUGUAUCAUUUGAGCAGAUAAUAUCACAUAUCAAAAAGUUAUAAUUAAAUUGAUAGUCAUCGAACUGUUUUCAUGGUAACAAUGUUUUUGUUGAUUAAAAUGAUUGGAAUUUCCACAACAAACACUUACAUAUACAUAUAUAGUUAUUAUAUAUUAUUUUACAUAAUACAUGUUAUGUAUAACAAUUCUAGCACAAUAAAAGGAGGGAAAAAGGAAUAUAUCUGUAUAGAAAUAACUUUUCUAUGUCAUUGUAGAAUUAAGUUAGCAUAAAUCUGUGGUAAAUUCUGCUAAGUUAAGAUGUGUACGAUUAGCUCCAAAGCAACUACAAAAAACAACAACAAAACAAACAAAAACUCAUAUGCUUUAGUAAAAUUAGCAUUAACAAAAUUAAAAUGUUGCCCUCAGGGUCUGGCACAGUGACUUAAGCCUGUAAUCUCAGUGUUUUGGGAGGCCAGGGCAAGAGAAUAGCUUGAGGCCAGGAGUUUGAGACCAGCCUGGGCAACAUAGUGAUAAUUUGUCUCUACAAAAAAUUUAAAAAAUCAGCCAGGUGUGGUUGUGCACACCUGUACUCCUAGCCCUAGCUACUUGGGAGGCUGAGGAAGAAGCAUCACUUGAGCCCAGGAGUUAGAAGCUUCAAUGAGCUAUGACUGUGCCACUACACUCCAGCCUGGGCAACAGAGUGAGACCCUAUCACGAAAAAAUAAAUACAAUAAAAUAAAAUAUUGCCCUAGAGAUUUACUUAGUAUAAAAGAAACUAGUAUUAGAAUAAUUAGAAUGAGAAAAAUAGAGGUACAAAAGAGAUACAAGACAUGUGGAAAACAAAAAGUAAAAUGGCAGGCAUAAAUUCAAAUAUAUCAAAAAUAUUUAAAUAAAGUGAUUUCAGAAAUUCAGUC